ACCGAGGAGGCGAGGAUUCUCAGUACAGAAAUUCAGAGAGACUUGGACGAGUGCACCCCAGCGAUAGAAGCGUCGUGCAAAGCACUUGAGUUAAUUGAAAGGAACGAGCUGAAAGACGUUAAAACGACUAAUAAGCCUUCAUCGUUGCUUCGGCUCUUGAUGGAACCUGUUUGUCUACUGCUUGGUUGCAAAUCUGACUGGGGGUCUGCGAAAGCACUUGCGGCAGAUCCAAAUUUCAUUAAAAUGGCAAUUGAGCUGGACAAGGAAAACAUCCCUGAAGCAACAGCAAAGAAGCUAAAAGAGUACGUCGACAAUCCCAAUUUUCUGCCAGAAGUUAUGGAAUCGCACUCGCGCUUCUGUCGGACCUUGUGCAUGUGGGUACGAGCCAUUCACAACUACGUCAAGGUUUAUAGAAAUCUGCAGUCAAAGAAGAGGAGACUGGAAUCGAUCGAGAGCGAAAUUCGAAUUGUCAUGUCCAAGUUAAAAGGUCACCAACAAAAAUUGGCAGACACCGACGCCAAAGUGGCAGCUCUAGAGGUUACUCAAGACCAAGGAAUGGCAGAGGCUGACGCUCUAUCUAACGCAGUUGAGGGAGCGACAGUCAAAUUGAAGAGAGCCUCUCAAUUAGGGUCUGCUUUCACGGAAUUCGAUGUUUGGAAAAUCAGGCUAACCUUUUGA